AUGGUGACUCUGAAGCUGGAAAGUGAUGAGACCGUCACUUUAAGCUUCUUUGACUCUCAGGCGGUUACUUUCCAUAACCAGCUUGAGGCUAUGAGUGUUGAUCCGAAGGUCAUGGUCGUAACUAGCAUCAAUCCCAAGAUAGUCGGAGGUCGUCUGUUUCUUAACGCUACGUCUGGAACGCACGUGUAUUUUGAUAAGAAGACUAUAGCAGGAGCUGCUCGAUUCUACAGGCUGGUCGCCAGAGAUACUGGUCUGCCGUCGGCCGCUCCACUGCUAAAGUCAUAUGCGAAGGUGGAGACUAUGACCAUCGCUGACCUCAGCAGUUUCAUCGUUUCUACUGCAUCUCAGGAGAUUGAUUUUCUGUGCACUGGGAAAGUUGUCCGGAUUGACACAGAUAAGGGGUGGUGUUAUGUUGCCUGCUCAAAAUGCAGUAAAAAAUUACAGCGGACUGAGUCUGCAUUCACGUGUGGAGUAUGCAACAAUCCACAUGCUGUUGGGGCCCUACGCUAUCGUGUGGAGAUGGCAAUAUCUGAUGAUACUGCGGAAGGAGUAUUCGUAUGGUUCGAUGGUGUAUUAACGAAGCUGCAUAGUAUCCGAGCAAGCGAAGCUGCACAAAUGCUGGCUGAAGACGGUGUGAACCCUGAGGACACUAGGUUACCCCCGUUCAUUGCAGAUACGGAAGGAAAAACGUACACUUUCCAAGUGAGGGUCACUGCGUUUAACUUUACCGAGCAUUACAAGACAUUCACCAUAACACGUAUUGCUGAGGAUCAUGGUCGUCUACCAGUAGAUGACGUUGUGAACAAUGGAGAUGAUGACGACGACGAUGAUGAUGAUGCCAGUCCGACCAUCGAGCCAUCGUCUGCUGCAGGUGAUCAAGGUGGAACCAGUAAGGCGCGUAAGAAGACUGGCGCAGGGGCGUCAAAGGUGGCGAAGAAGGCACGUGCUGGUUGA